AUGAGCUCUGUUCCCGCGCAGUCCACCGCCAAGGCGGUCUCCACGGCCCUUUCGGACGUCAAGGUCGCCGUGGCCCACGCCGUCGCGGAGGCCGUGGCGGAAGUCGAGGCGGGCGGCAGCGCCGCGGCAGCGGCCGACGCGGCCGCCACAGCCGUUGGCGAGGCUACGGCCACCGCCAUCGCGGAGGCCACCGUGACUGUCGAGGCCACGGGCUCCGGCAUGGGGUCGGGCGUCGCGGAGGCCAACGCGCGGGCGGUUGCGGAGGUCGUGGCCACGGCCAUCGCGGAGGGCUUCGCCACGGCGACCAACGGGAACCAGGAGGUGGUGGCGGCUGCGCUGGCGGAGGUGUCUUCCAGCGCGGUGGCGGAAGCCGUGGCCACCGCGCGCGCGGAGGCGUCGACGGAUGGAGGGUCGGCGGAGGCGCAGUCCAAGGUGGUAUCCACUGCCGUGGCAAAAGUCGUCGUCACUGCCAUCGCAAACGCGCUGGCCGUCGUGGAGGGAUCCAGGUCAAGUGCUACGGCGAACGCAGAUGCAACAGCCGAAGUUGUGGAUGGCAUGAAUACCGUUGAUGCAGAGAGCACUGCGAAUGUAGAUGGCCAGGGCAGCGCGGACGCCAGUGGGGACGGCACUGCCAUGGGAUCCAGCGGGUCUUCGCCGUCUUCUCCUGACUCCCCCUCUCCUGAGACUCCCGCCUCCUCUCCCGAGACUCCCGCCUCCUCCCCAACCCCACCCUCUGGCCCAUCCCCCACUUCCGAGCCCGAAAGCCCUGCCCAGAGUGCCCCGGCCCCUCCCGGCCGUUCGCCUCCUCGCCCGCCGGGCCGUGGCAGGAACGACGACGACGACGAGGAUGACGACAGCGAGGACACAGACGAAGACGACGACGGAGACGACGAGGACAGGAAGGGAGACGACGAGGACAGGGACGAAGACGACGAAGAUGACGACGGGGAUGACGAGGACGAAUUUGAUUGCACGAGUCGCAUACGGAGGGACGUCGCCUAUCCGGGUGGGGACCUGGAUUCGGACGACCUGCUGGACGGCUUCACCAAGAUGCAGCCCACGGCUGAGGAUUGCUGCAGGGCGUGCGCCGAAAAUGAAGAAUGUGAACUCUUCACAUGGAAUGAGAAUAGCAAGGAGUGCGUCCUCAAGGAUGACAAGAAGAGAAGGAGGCGCAGAAAGGGCGCAUACAGCAAGAUCCUCAGAGAUUAG